CCAACUUCAGGCUGCUUGGAGAAAGCCUGUGCAGUCACCUGGGUGCAAGAGCGUUGCUGCCUCGGGCUCUCCCGCUGCAGGGGGAGCGGCACUCACUGGCCUGGAUGUGGUUGGAUUUAGGGGGGCUCCUCAGCUGGAGUGUCGUAGCGUUGGCGAACGCUGCAACAGGUAGACGCCGAGACGGACCCGGGCCGAGGCAGCUAUGGAGACCAAAGGCUACCACAGUCUCCCUGAAGGUCUAGAUAUGGAAAGACGGUGGGGUCAAGUUUCUCAGGCUGUGGAUCGUUCUGCCCUGGGACCUACAGAGAGGACCGAUGAGAAUAACUACAUGGAGAUUGUCAAUGUAAGCUGUGUUUCCGGUGCUAUUCCAAACAACAGUACUCAAGGAAGCAGCAAAGAAAAACACGAACUACUCCCUUGCCUUCAGCAAGACAAUAAUCGGGCUGGGAUUUUAACAUCUGACAUUAAAACGGAACUGGAAUCUAAGGAACUUUCAGCAACUGUAGCUGAGUCCAUGGGUUUAUACAUGGAUUCCAUAAGAGAUGCCGAGUACGCCUAUGAUCAGCAGAACCAACAAGGAAGCUUGAGUCCAGCAAAGAUUUAUCAAAAUGUUGAACAGCUGGUGAAAUUUUACAAAGAAAAUGGCCAUUGUCCUUCCACUCUAGCUAUGAGCAGGCCCUUGAGAUCAUUCAUGUGUGACUCCGGGAACUCUGUAAACGGUGGGGUCAUGCGUGCCAUUGUUAAGAGCCCUAUCCUGUGUCAUGAGAAGAGCCCGUCUGUGUGCAGCCCUCUGAACAUGGCGUCUUCAGUGUGCAGCCCGGCCGGCAUCAGCUCUGUGUCCUCCACCUCGGCCAGCUUUGGCAACUUCACAGUGCACAGCCCUAUCACCCAGGGGACUCCCUUGACAUGCUCCCCGAAUAUUGAGACUCGAGGUUCCAGGUCGCACAGCCCAGCACACGCCAGCAAUAUGGGCUCUCCUCUCUCAAGUCCAUUAAGUAGCAUGAAAUCCCCAGUUUCCAGCCCUCCAAGUCACUGCAGUGUAAAAUCUCCAGUCUCCAGUCCUAAUGUCGCUCUGCGAUCCGCUGUGUCUAGCCCGGCAAAUAUCAACAACUCAAGGUGCUCUGUUUCCAGCCCUUCCAACACAAAUAACAGAUCCACGCUUUCCAGCCCAACUGCUAGUACUGUGGGAUCUAUCUGUAGCCCCGUUAGCAAUGCCUUCAGCUACACUGCUUCUGGCACUCCUGUGGGAUCCAGUGCGGCCCGCGAUGUGGUUCCCAGUCCAGACACACACGAGAAAGGUGCUCAAGAGGUCCCCUUUCCCAAGACUGAGGAAGUAGAGAAUGCCAUCUCCAACGGUGUGACUGGCCAGCUUAACAUUGUCCAGUACAUAAAACCAGAGCCAGACGGAGUUUUUAGCAGCUCAUGUCUAAGAGGAAAUAGCAAAACAAAUCCCGAUUCCCCGUUCUCAGUACCAAUAAAACAAGAAUCCACCAAGCAUUCAUGUUCAGGCACCUCUUUCAAAGGGAAUCCAACAGUAAACCCAUUUCCGUUUAUGGAUAGCUCAUAUUUUUCCUUUAUGGAUGACAAAGACUAUUAUUCUCUAUCAGGAAUCUUAGGACCGCCUGUGCCCGGCUUUGAUGGUAACUGCGAAGGCAGCGGCUUCCCAAUGGGGAUUAAACAAGAACCAGACGAUGGGAGCUAUUACCCAGAAGCCAGCAUACCUUCAUCUGCCAUUGUUGGUGUGAAUUCAGGUGGACAGUCCUUUCACUAUAGGAUUGGUGCUCAAGGUACAAUAUCUUUAUCACGAGCGGCUAGAGACCAAUCUUUCCAACACCUGAGUUCCUUUCCUCCUGUCAAUACAUUAGUGGAGUCAUGGAAAUCACACGGUGACCUGUCAUCUAGAAGAAGUGAUGGAUAUCCGGUCCUAGAGUACAUUCCAGAAAAUGUAUCAAGCUCUACUUUACGAAGUGUUUCUACUGGAUCCUCAAGACCUUCCAAGAUAUGUUUGGUGUGUGGGGAUGAGGCUUCCGGAUGUCACUAUGGGGUAGUCACCUGUGGCAGCUGCAAAGUGUUCUUCAAGAGAGCAGUGGAAGGGCAACACAACUAUUUAUGUGCUGGACGAAAUGACUGCAUCAUUGAUAAGAUUCGACGGAAGAACUGUCCUGCCUGCAGACUUCAGAAAUGUCUUCAAGCUGGAAUGAAUUUAGGAGCCCGGAAGUCAAAGAAGUUGGGAAAGUUAAAAGGGAUUCACGAGGAACAGCAGCAGCAGCCCCCACCGCCACCCCCGCCGCCCCAGAGCCCCGAGGAAGGGACGACGUACAUCGCGCCCGCCAAAGAGCCCUCCGUCAACACGGCGCUGGUCCCGCAGCUGUCCAGCAUCUCCCGAGCGCUCACGCCCUCCCCGGUGAUGGUCCUGGAGAACAUCGAGCCCGAGAUCGUGUACGCGGGCUACGACAGCUCCAAGCCAGACACCGCCGAAAACCUGCUCUCCACGCUGAACCGCCUGGCGGGCAAACAGAUGAUUCAAGUUGUGAAGUGGGCAAAGGUAAUUCCAGGAUUUAAAAACUUGCCUCUCGAGGACCAAAUCACCCUCAUCCAGUAUUCUUGGAUGUGUCUGUCGUCGUUUGCCUUGAGCUGGAGGUCUUACAAACAUACGAACAGCCAGUUUCUCUACUUUGCACCAGACCUGGUCUUUAAUGAAGAGAAGAUGCAUCAGUCUGCCAUGUACGAGCUGUGCCAGGGGAUGCACCAAAUCAGCCUUCAGUUCGUCCGCCUGCAGCUCACCUUUGAAGAGUACACCAUCAUGAAAGUGCUGCUGCUGCUAAGCACAAUUCCAAAGGAUGGCCUCAAAAGCCAAGCUGCGUUUGAAGAAAUGAGGACAAAUUACAUCAAAGAACUGAGGAAGAUGGUAACGAAGUGUCCCAACAAUUCUGGGCAGAGUUGGCAGAGGUUCUAUCAGCUGACCAAGCUUCUGGACUCCAUGCAUGAUCUGGGGAGCGACUUGCUGGAGUUUUGCUUCUACACCUUCCGAGAGUCGCAGGCCCUGAAAGUGGAGUUCCCCGCGAUGCUGGUGGAGAUCAUCAGCGACCAGCUGCCCAAGGUGGAGUCGGGGAACGCCAAGCCUCUCUACUUCCACAGGAAGUGACGGACUCGUCCCGCAGAAGAACUUUGCCUUAAGUUCCCCUGUGUUGCUCCACACCCACGAAGGACCCGAGGAGUCGCGUUUUCAACACGUGGUGGUUGAUUCACUCUCGUUCCGCAGUUUGCCCAGUUUCAAGUCUCGUCGAGGGUUUGGGAAGACAGGCGCGGCCCGGCGGCCAAGCCCUCGGAAGGACUCUCCCCUCUCCAGCCCCCAGCGCUAGAAACACGGUCCCGUUCCCCCGGAUGAAAAGCCAUAUCUAGUCAAUAACACUCUGAUUUUGAUACUUCAGCAGAUGGGAGUUUUAACUAUGCCAUGUAGUUUCUGGUCGCAGUCGCUUGUUUUAAAAGGGUUCAAGGACUAACGAACUUUUUAAAGCUUACCCUUGGUUUGCACAUAAAACGUAUAGUCUAUAUGGGGCAUUAAUCUUCUUUUGUUAUUUAAAAAACACAAGAAAGAAAAGACCUAUACAGAUUCCCGCUGUGUAAGAACAGAGCACGGCGGAGCGUCCUCCGCCCUGGCCUCCGCAUCACCACCCACGCCCUGCAGCGUCCAUUUGUUACUUAAUUAGAGUGGAUAAGAUGUUAAUUGCCUUGGUUUCAAUUUCUAGUAUCUAUUGUGUUGGCUUUACAGAUAAUUUUUUUGCAGUCUUUUGCUGUGCUGUACAUUACUGUAUGUAUAAAUCGUGAAGGACCUGAGUUAUACAAGGUGUAUAAGGAACUUUUGUAAAUGAGACAAAAACAAAAAUCAAAAAAACUUCAGUGGUUAAUAGGAAGAAUGGGAAAGUAUUUUUGAAAGAAUUCUAUUUUGCUGGAGACUAUUUAAGUACUAUCUUUGUCUAAACAAACAAGGUAAAAACUUUCCUUUUGUAAAGUGACCUGCCCUGCAUGCCUGAGAACCGUUUACAGUGUAUUUAAGAAAGAGAGCGCUGUGCCUUUUUUAGCUUCAUCCCCGAGCUCCCGUUUUCCAGCCUCUGUUGUAAAUAACCGCGCGGAAACCCCUCCGGUUGUCAUUAAGCCUUUCUACUUUCUCUGUACUUUUGUUCUGUCUUUGGUCUCCCAAGGGGGUUAUUCCUGGGGCAUGAGCAGGUUUUCCGGCUUCUGUCGGGGAGCAAGGGGCUGUGGCGUCAGCAGCGCCUUGAAGGCGUCACCUGACGACACACUGGGAGCCGGUCCGGGGGCGCGGCUGUGGCACCGCUGCCCCUUCUUUGUCCUCAAGCAGCAGAACCAGCUGUAGGCGAGCAGAGACUGGAACCGGGCUCAGCGAGUGUCUUCUCGUCCCACUUUAGCAAAUGAGUGUUCUCCCUGGGGGGAGGGGGAGCCCACGCACUCACUACAUCCGUGGAAGGUGACACGUUCGCGUCUGGUGUCAGAAAGGGGCUCGCCCCCCCGGACUGGUCCUGGGCACACACGGGCCUUGGCAGGGCGCCCUGGGCAGAGGCGCACCGGCACAGUCAGAACGGCGGGGAGACCGCACGCACGAUCCUUAGAGGGCUUUUAGAUUUUUAAAAGGUAGGUUUUAACAAUAAAUUUUAUACAUAGACAGUUUUUUGGGGAAAAACUACAGAUCAUAUAAUAAGCAAGACCGUGGCACUAAAAUUUGUAAUUCAUUAAUCUGUUUGGCACUGAUGCAGUUUACGGCUUUUCUCUCGCCCCAAAUCACAGAUGUGCAUCUCUUUGGGGAAACUUAACAAUAUGAUUGCACUAAAUAAACUACUUCGAAUAGAGGCCAAAUUAAUCUUUGAGAGUGAUGAUAAUCAUCAGGUACUCAGUGGAAUCACAGUAUUUUCCAAAACCUAAAAGCUGGAGAAGCCCAAGGCCAGAAGGCAGCAUCAGACCCCCGCUUUUCUCCGGGGUUCCCCGUGCAGGCAGCGUCACCUCUCUUUCUAAAGACACCCACCUCGUGCAAGGGGACGCCUGUGAAAGCUGCACUCGGAGGGAGUUUUUCUUACAUAUUUGCAAUUUCAGGAAUUUCAUUUAAAGGCAGAUCUUUAAAUGCAGCCAACUUAGUUACACGCGCAGCGAUACGGAAGCCACGCUUGGAGAGGAUCAACACACAGCAUGCAGACGGGGUCCCCAGAACAGGGACAGCUUCCAGAGCAGCUCGGCUCAGACGGUUCGCCGAGGCAGGAUUCCAGCGUGACCAGGUUGGGGACGCGGUGGUCUGCAUCGGCUUUUCGUGUUCACGACGUCCCUGGCUGUUUGUGUGUCUCCGGGUAACUUUGCUUGGUCCAACAGCAAAGCCAUAUUCUAACUUCACUGCUGGAUGCCUGUCCCAGUCCAAACUGUCUGUCUGCUCUUAUUUUUGUACCAUAUUGCUCUUAAAAAUCUUGGUUUGGUACAAUUCAUAAUUCACCAGAACUUCAUAUAAUUAAAAAAAUACACACUAAAUUAGUUUAAAAUGAAGCAAUUUAUA